AUGCGUCUAUUAAAUGUCUCAACUCUUCAGCUGAAAGAAUUCAUCGGACAAGUCCCUCCCUACGCUAUUCUCAGUCACACAUGGACCGAAGAAGAGGUCCUCUACAGCGAUAUUGGCGCCCUGACUUCUUCCUCGAAGCAAGGCUACCCUAAACUUGUCGGUUGUUGUAGAAAGGCAGCUCAAGAUGGCUUCGAGUGGGCGUGGAUCGACGCUUGCUGUAUUGACAAGUCUAGUAGCGCUGAGCUAUCUGAGGCAAUCAAUUCCAUGUACAAGUGGUACCAAAAAGCGACCGUCUGUUAUGCUUAUUUACAAGAUGUCACCACAGAAACAUCUACCAUUACGGACGUCUUUCAUAUCACAGAGUUCGGCAGAAGCAGGUGGUUCACAAGAGGUUGGACACUUCAGGAACUGAUCGCGCCUCAAAUCGUCGAGCUCUGCUCCAAAGAAUGGACCGUAAUCGGUACAAAAAAGAGUCUCGCUUCAAGUAUAGAAAGUGCCACUGGCAUCCCAAUCACUGUAUUACGUGGUUCCCAUCCUUCAUCAUACAAUGUCGCCGAGCGAAUGUCGUGGGCAUCGGCUCGAACCACAACCAGAGAGGAAGAUCUUGCCUACUGUUUGUUGGGCUUGUUCGAUGUCAACAUGCCUCUUCUCUAUGGCGAAGGAGCCAAGUCAUUUAUCCGACUUCAGGAGCAGAUUCUCCGACAAGAAGAGGACUACAGCAUGUUUGCAUGGACUCUCCAGCAAGAUAACCCAAUAGCCGAUUCCGAAACCUCCUCUACUGGGUUUCUGGCUUGGUCACCCUCGCAAUUCUCCAAGAGUUCUCUACAUGCUCAAGCUUCAAAGCACACGCAGGACCAGAAGAUGGUCGAUCAUGGUCAUGCAUUUCCUCCCCCUUCUGAGCCUGAGCUUGAUGCGGAGAAACAGAGCAUCGAAUAUCGAGUCCUCCACGAGAAGGAAUAUGGCCGCAUGUUUCGAGGCCAACGUAGCAUCGUUGCGCUGCAGUCGGUCCGAACAAGUCCUCCCGAGUUCACAAGUCGUGGUUUACGUAUCAAUUUGCAUGUUCUGUUCCCUACUGAUCUUCACCUGGCCCCAGUUGCAUGGCUAUCAUAUGAGACAGAGGACAGUCUUGUCUGUGUCCUAAUAGAACGUGACUAUGAGUCGGCGCGACGACGGGUCUAUUGCAGAGUUAAAUCGUUUUCACUUAUCGGUGUGCCCAAGACACUGCUCCCGUAUUUUCGACCUACGGAACUAUUCAUUCGACCCAGUGGCUAUUUCGAAGGUUCAAAUAACUUUGACAUGAAUCCGCCUUCUUCAAUGUUUUCAUCAAAGCAAUUAAAUAUAUUGGCACAAGUCUCAUCGACAACUACACGCUCCCUCGAUAUUGUCUUGUCUUAUCCAAGCGACGACUGGAUGAAACGACAAACUCCGAUACAUGAGUCCCCAUUCAAGGCUCUCUGGGUUGCCUGUUCACAUGGCUCUCAAUCCUCACUCUUUCGGAUCGACAUUAUGAUAUCAACCGACGAUGCUUCAUGCGCUAUUCGAGAACUUUCGCAGUCUAGCAACGACAUCGAUGAGUCUCGUAAGAACGCUCUCUUUCGGGCUUGUGCGCAGUACAAGAAAUCUUUUGUUGCACAUACAGACCGUGCUGUAAAACGAUCCGUUAGGGUUCCAGAGACUGUGUUUUCAGCUGUUCUCCGCAAGAUGCCAACUUCCCAAGAGGACCUUGUGACUUAUGAGCUUCGGGUCGAUGCUUGGGAUGAAAAGGCCAUACGCGGUGAUGGAGUGCCGAGGCUCCUUGAAGACCGUGAUAGUCGCGCAGCGCUUAUCCGGGGCAUUCGCCUGCACUACCACUCGGCCAUGAGUGAACCCGUCAGACGCCUCAGCUCCUCAAUGCCUCAGGUCGCUCGAGCCCGCAACGCUCGCCGCAUCAUGAGCAACGACAUACCGGAACGGAUGACGGCGGAGGAGCAGCCAUAUUGUAUAUGGCAUCCAGACAUGGCCACCGAGGACACCUACCGUUCACUGGCCUCUAAGUUCCCCGGCAUGCGCUAUCAAGUCGGUCGUGCAUGUGCUGCAGCAGGUUACCACGUCCUUUAUCAGGAGCUUGACCUCCUGCCUGAAGUGUCCAUCGCUGAAGAGGCGCGAGAAAGCGAGACAGACGGUGGGAAACUCAUCUAUGACGAGAUCAUGAGUUUCAAAUCUCGCUAUGCCGUUAUGGACGACUGCAAACGCACCAUUGAAUUGAUGGAUUAUGAAUGCCCGGCGUAUCUGAACGGUAAUACCGAAGUGCGAUGGCGCUUGGCAGCUCGACAAGGCAUCACACGGUUGUCCAACGAUGACCUCCUUCCAUGCAUCGAAGAGGACAUGCAUCUUGGCCUCGAGGACCAAGAAGUAGACCAACGGCACGGCACACUGACUGAUGACGAGGCGAAGCUGCUCUACAGUCCUCUGCCUCGGGAUCUGCCGACGGUGAAGAAGACUUUAUUGACACAGAUGGCCGCUCACGACGGCAACAUCGAACGCUAUGCCCAGCUCGCCAAUUCUGAAAGAACCUUGACGCAACUGGACCAGGACUGUGUCAUCCGUGGUGUCUUACAUCACACCAUGUAUGCUCGCUGGUGGGCGGACCAGAUCAAGAACGACACCAUCUAUGCCAGGUCUGCCCCAUACGUGUGGGAUAUCCAGCGAGCCAUAAUGGCGCGACGCAUCAUGCUCAACGACGCUUCCGUGUUUGAAGACGGCUGGCCACCCGGAGUCCCGAUGCCCUACAUCAUAUGGUGGCCCCUGCAGCCGCAGUCAGAUAUGCUUAGCCUUCUCGCCAUAAAGGUGCCCGAGAUGAAGAGGCAGUGCGCGGCAGCAGCGAUUGUCUGCGAUUACGAGAAUGUCUAUAAGAACCUUGACCCAGAGCCGAGCUGGCACCUAUGGAAGGUCGCCAGUUUGUUCGCUGCCAACCCGUUUUAUCGUGGGGAUCAGGAGUGGCGAGGGAGGGAAAACGAUGUUGAUGUGAAGGAUGACUCUUUUAUGGAAUCAUACUACAGUGAAUUGAUGCAGACGAGGGAGACUACGGUACUUGAAGAGGGUGGAGAAAAGAUUCCAGACAGUGUCGAGAAACACGAGUUGCUUACUAACAUGUAUGGCUCCGUGGAAGUACUCAGUGCAAGCCCCGUUCAGCUCCGGAUCUGGGAGGGCAUUGGAACGGUAUCGCCGAUGUCUGGACGCCCUGACAGUUAAAGCAAGCAUUCUAAGAGUGAGAUUUGACCAUUGAUUAAAUUCGAGAUGCAUUGCAAGGAGUCUGCUUUGGAGGGGAGUGUGUCUCGCUAAAUGCUCGGGGGGAAAUCUACGGGCGUUCAUCUUCGGCCCCCCGGUGGGCGAUCACGAAAACGGCACCGGAGCCCCACCGUCGGCGCCGGCCCUGUAAAACGGUACGGAGCGGAAUCGGCCUGCACAUAAACAGUUCAAGAAGCAAGGCUAUUUAACAACACCUUGUGGUUAGCUUUCAUAAGCCCAUAUUACUC